AUGAAUAAGUGGCUACUGGUUGUGUCGCUCGCCGUUUCGGCGUCAGCGACAUGCUACUACCCCGACGGCAGCAACGCGGCCAAGGAUUACAAGUAUGAGCCUUGCGGUAACUCGACGACGACUUAUUCUACUUGCUGCUACUUUGGCGAAGGCGACAAGUGCUUGGCGAAUGGAUUGUGCAACCAGCCAGAUCGAUUCGACUACCGUGCGGCUUGCCAGAACAAGGACUGGUCUAACUGUCCCGAGAUUUGCAUGGACACCGAUUCCGGCACCUGGUUCGCUCUGCAAGAAUGCGGCAAGAAUAAAUAUUGCUGCCCCCCGGCCGACGGAAGCGACUGCUGCAAGAGCGGUGCUGUCAUCUACACUCUCGCAGCCCCGAGCCCAGACGGUGACAGCGACGCCAGUAGCGACUCCAACAGCAACUCCAACAGCAACUCCAACAGCAACUCCAACAGCAACUCCAACAGCGAGAGUGAGAGCGAGAGUGGAACUGCCGCUGCUGACGCCACCGACGCGACUCGAACGGGAAGCUCUACAGCAGAAACCAGCUCGAGCUCGGGCGACGAUAAGGGAGGCGCUCCUAUUGGUGCCAUCGUUGGAGGAGUUGUUGGAGGUGUCGCCGUGAUUGCGAUCUUGGCCGUGGGAGGUUUCUGUUUCUUCAGACGCCGAGGAAAGAAGCCCGCCGCUUCGCCCGAGGGAACUGUCGUCGUGGAAGGCGGCGCAGGCUCGAGCGCAUCCAACAGCAGCGACAUUAGCAAGGAAAAGGCAGCUGCGUACAAGCAGCCUCAGUCUGGCGUGGCCGAGGUUGAAGGCACCGCUGGCAAUGUCUACACGGAGGCUGACUCUACAGCUAUCAGCAAGGCUCGUUUCAAUGUCCGACAAGAAGCCGAUGAAGAGGCUCGCAUUGCUGCCGAGGGAAAGAAGACUGAUACGUACCAGUCUACAGCACCUCAGAAGGAGCAGCAGCAUUUGGCAGAGAUCGAGGGAUCGCGGGGCAACGUCUACUCUGAAGCCGAUUCCCAGGCCAUCAGCAAGGCCCGGUUUGACGCCUGGCGACAGGCUGAGGAAGUCUCGCAGUUCUCUUACCAGCAGGAAAAGCCAACCAUCAAGCCUGUCAUUAGCCCAACUGCAUCGCCCAACUUGGCCGAGAUUGCUGGUAGCCCAGGCAAUGUCUACACCGAAGCGGACUCGCAACCUGUUACCCACACUCAUUCUACAAUCAUGUCGCACCCAUCUGGUGGAUUGUCUUCUACAACUUCGUCCCCAAGCAUUGAUCAGUCAAGCAUCAAUCAUUCGGCGUUUCACAGCGCUUACGCCAGUCCAGUGAACAGCCACGGACACAUGGCCAGCCUGCCUCACGAUACAACCCUUCAUCAGCUUGAUCAACAUACCUCGGCGGCAAAGCCAACAGCUAGUCAGCCCAACAUCAACUUGCCAGGCAUUCAAAGCUUCACGGGGACCGAAACCACCGGAACUACUUUUACCGAGGGUGUCUCACAAGCCAUCAACCACCCCCCUGGUAAAACGCACCAUACUUCCACUACCGAGCAGUCCUCUGCUGAGGCCAAGCCACCUCUUAACUUGCCGGACAUUCAAGCCUCCGGAGGAAGUCUGUGGGAUGUUUAUGCCAGCAGCGCCCAUGCUGCAACCUCUCAGUUGGCGACCAAGAUCAACCACCCGAGCUUUGCUGAGGCCGAGGGCAGUACGGGAACUGUGUUCACUGAAGCCGACUCACACGCUAUUAGCAAGCCACAUCCUACUUCCUUCCAGCUGCUUGGUGACAACACUUUGCCUUCAACAAGUCAUCACACCGGACACCAGACCAGCUUUACAGAGACCAUUGAAUCUACGGGCAUCAUGGCUACGGAAUCUCACUCUCAUACUGUCAGCAUCCCCCAAUCGACAACUGUGACUACGACGACAACUCACACUUCAUCUUCAUCUGAGAAGCCAUCUUCUGGAGUCGGACAACAAAACUUCGCCGAAGCCGAAGGAAGCCCUGGCAAUGUUUACACCGAAGUUGAUUCACAGCCAAUUGGAAAGCCACGCCCCGCAAACCAAGCCGAGGAGCAUGUGUUGGGAGGGUCUGACGAUGUAACUGAGUCAUCGACGCAUCAGACACACCAGCACCAUGCCUCUGCUAUCGGUGAGACAGCAACUACUAGCUUUUACACCGAAGUCGUCUCUCACUCCACUACCCAAGAGAAGCCUACAACACAAAAGCCCAUGGAGUUGAGCGUGAUGGAGGUCGAGGGAAGUGCCGGCAACAGAUACACCGAGGCCGACUCGCAGCCGAUCAAUCCCCCCCGUCCCGAGAACCACCACUCUCACGAGCAGACACAAGCUACCUCCGGAGGCAAUUCUCUUACGAUGCAACAGCAACUGGACUUGGCCGAGAUUGAAGGAAGUGCCGGCAAGCUCUUCCUAGAGGCUGACUCGACGGCUAUCAGCCCAGUUCGCCCAGAAGACACAACACCUGCUGGAAAGUCGACCGCGAAUAAUACUCAGCUGAGUCUUCCCGAGAUCGAGGGCAGCCAGGGAACCAUCUUUGUGGAAGCCGAUUCUCAGAUUCUUGAGUGGACCAAGGAGGAGCCCAAGACGAUCACACAGCAAACUUCCACCUUGACCGAAAUUGAAGGAACCCCAGGAAAUGUUUACUCUGAGGCUGAUUCAAAGGCUAUUAACCAGAGUCACACCAAGGAGAGCACUGUAGAGCUUGACGCACCACUACGGAAGUUUGUCGAAAUUGAGGGAAGUGCAGGAAAUGUUUACAGUGAAGCUGAUUCAAAGACUGUCAGCGUAGAACGUCGUGAGGAGACCAGGACAGCGACUGAGACUAAGGGGACACACGAACUGUCGUAA